AUGCGCACAGCUGGUCUCGUGGUCGCCCUCGGCGGUCUCUUCAAUGUUGCCUUUGCAAACGUAGUCUGCAACACUGAGGCUGUGCACUCCAAGCCUAGGAUUAUCUCUGUCGCUGAAAAAGAUGGAUUCGCCAAUACCAUUGAGGAGGUCUGUAGCACCACCGACAGCUUUUCCGAAAGUCGAUCUGGAUCGACUGUUUUUACUAUUACUGGCACCGAUGAAGAUCUGGGCAGUGAUGACUGCGAGGCCCAAUUCCAUUCCAUCAUCGAGCAAUGUGUGGCGGGACACAACUUCGGAGGUGGCAGGCUCAUCGCCACUGAUGGGUUGACACUUGAGGUGUCCACUACCGACGCCGAAAAUCACGCUUUGGAGGCGAGGAGGUCCAGGGGUGGCAGUUCUCGCACUAGCAGGACUCGCACCAAGAAGACCAGGCCUAAGAAGACCAAGAAGACUAAAACCAAGAAGACCAAAAAGACCAAAACCAAGAAGCCAAAGACCACGAAGCCGAAGACCACGAAGCCGAAGACCACGAAGCCGAAGACCACGAAGCCGAAGACCACGAAGCCGAAGACCAAGAAACCCACCACCAAGAAGCCCAAGACCAAGAAGCCGACCUCAUGCCCCCUCCCCAAGAAGAAGACCGGCAUCAAGCGAUUCGUCCCUGACUUCGUCCUCAAGCGUGCUGGUUCCUCUGCUGCUGGCGCCGCUGGCUGCAGCGUCCCCGAAGAAGUCGACGCGAGCAACGCCUUCAAGUCCCUCGCCAAAGAUUUCCCCAACGCUAAGAACGGCGAGUUCUACAAGUUUACCUCCAAAUCCCCCUUCACCGAGCCCGGCCCCAACGAAACUGAGGACGAACUCAAGGCUCUCCAACGCGCACUCGGUUUCGACCACAUCGCCGUCGUAGUCGGCGAGGUCAAGAUUACGGAGAGGAUAACCGGCAAGGGUGCCAACAAGAAGAAGAUCAUCAAGAAGGACUUUGCGGGAAGCAUCAUUGAUCUUAUCAAGAAGACGAGCGGUGCUGCGGAGUAUCGGGAGAAGGUUUUCGCGCCGAAGAAAGUGUUCACUCUACAUCAGGGAGCGAAGACAUCGAAGGCGAAGGCGGCCAAGGCGAAAGCCAAGGGCAAGGAGUAUUUCGUGCAAGCGGCGCACAAGGAGUACAGCGUUUCCACCAACAACUGCAAUACUUUCGCUCAGGACUUGUUGAACGACAUUUAA